GGGAGCAGGGAGGCAGAUAAAAGGGGCUCAGCAGAGAGGAAGAGCAGAGGAGAAAAACAGGCUCCAGGAGGAAGGAGUCUGCGCUGAAACACAAGAGAGGAAGAGCUGGAAAAAGAGGAGGAGGAGGAAGCACGAGACCCACGGAGAGAAACCUCCCUCAAAGACUCUGUGUUUACGUCUGGAGAGAGAGGAGGAGGCCGCAGGAGGUGAAGAAAAGACGUCACAGGGGGAGAUUUCAGGAGGAGAGCUUGGUGUCAAAGGUCAUCACAUGAGACGUUCAACAUACCCACUGAACACAGGCUCAGCUGAUGUAAGAGGAGCAGACCUACAGAGGUGCAUCAUGGGAACAUCUUAGGUCCAUACAGACGCAGACCUGAACGCCUUCGUCCUCUGGUUCCACCUCUCCCACACCCGCCCAGCAUGCUGCUCAGGUUAUCCCAGGGAAGGAGCUCUCCAGGUGGGGCAGGAGGGCUGCUGCUGCUCCCUGUGCUCCUAGGAUUGAUGAUGAUGAUGAUGAUGACGGCGGUGGUAGUGGAGGCGGCGAGCGUCGAUGACGUAGAGAGUGAAGAGAGUCAGGAGAUGCUGGAUGAGGACGAGGCCGUCAGCACCGAGAUCCUGGAGUCGGCGUCCUCCGACCUGUCCAGAGUGUCUCCUCUCAGCUCCUGGCUCAUCUUUAGAAGAAACUCCAACAAGGGGGACAACCGGAGAACCAAAGGGUCCAGGAGAACCUCCAAGCAUGGUCUUCCAGGCCCUCCAGGACCUCCAGGACCACAGGGGCCUCAGGGCCCCCCCGCCCCCCUCCUGCCCCAACAACAGGAGCUCAUCCAGGAGCUGCAGCUAAAACUGAGAGACAUGGCAGGAGGAGUGUGUCUGCUGUGUGAUCGUCCUCCUCGUGUCUCCACCUCCUUCCUGAGUCGCCUCCUGCAGCCUGUCAUCAUCCCACGCCGCAGCCUGCUGGAGCUGCAGUCCUUCAGCAAGCCCUCAGACUCCGAGCAGAGCCUCCAGAGGGGUCAGAGCUUCAACACCAGCACCGGCCGAUACACAGCACCCGUCUCUGGCUUCUACCAGCUCACAGCCAGCCUCCUGAUAGAGUCUGGUGACAGAGUCCAGGUCCGGCUCAGAGACAGUGUGAGGGCAGCGAUCUGCAUCGAGUCUCUGUGUCAGAGUAACCUCUCUGUGGAGUCGGUGAUGGGCGUGGCAGCUGCUGGAGGAACCUUCAGCAUCUUACUGACAGGAACGCUGUAUCUACAGGCUGGAGAGUACGUCUCAGUGUUUGUGGACAACGCCACCGGCUCGGCCAUCAGCGUCCUGCAGGACUCCCUGUUCUCUGGGAUCCUGCUUGGAGUCUGAGCACCAACACGCGGCAGAGGUGUGACAUCAUCCAUUCAAGCCCCUCCCACACCAUCACAUCCGCUUCAUCAUUUAAACAGACUGGUGGCACAGCUGUUCACCGCCCCUCCCCCACCUGCUGUCACCGAUCAGCUGCACCAUGUGAUCAGGGCGGAGUCAGACAUCCAGACCUGAUGAGACAGAGUCCGGACCUGGAUCUGCUUCUAGAUGAUAAAGUGAAUAAGAGAAGCUCAACUGUCCUUUACACCUGUCACAUCACAGCUACGUCUCCACGCCGGGAUCACUCCUCCCCCUCGCUUCCUGUCUGCGUCUUCCUGUUGUUGUGGCGACGGACGAUGAUCUCGACGCAGGAGCUGUGGUCCUGCAGCUCACACUGAGCAGACAUCUCCCUCCCUCUGCUCCAGCCACCAGCUCCACCUUCACAACAACCAGCUAUUCUCAAAGGAGCCACGCCACUCGUGUAACAUUAUCUUCAUCAAAGAGACAUAAUCGCCGGCACGCAUGAACGACACAUUAGCAUAACUUGAUUGCAGGCUGGAUCAUGUGUUCAGGGGAGGCGGAGUUCACACCCUGCACAAAAUGUAUUUGUCAUCUUACUGUCAUCACUCAGGUUGUCCAUGAGAGAGAGAGAGAGAGAGAGAGAGAGGACGAGAGAUCAAGACUCUCUCUUUUCUUUUCUAUUUUUCUUUCUUGCUCCCACAUAAUGAGUGACGACUGAGAAAGACGAGACACCAACAAACACUCAGCGCUCCACCGGGUGAAGACAGGACGGUCUGACGGUGGUUAAGAUCGUAGCGUCCUCACUAUCAACCGUCCACUCACAAAGAGCUUUUCUAGUCAUACAGACCAGUCACAGUACAUUCACCUAUUCACUCACACAUACGUCAUCACACCCACACACUGAUGGAACAGCCCGAGGGCACGUCAACACGUGGGCCGGGGAUCGAACCACCGACCUUGUGAUUAGCAAUACAACAACACCAAGAAAAUAAUCUUUAACUGGGUGAAAAAUAUUUGAACUGUCAGAGUGUUAACACCAACGAUGACUUAAUAAAGACUCAUGACAUAUAAAACUAUCUGCUUUAACUUUUCAUUUUUCAGCAGCUGCAGUUCAAACCUCCACUGACAUUAAAUCUGAGCUGCAGACGUGUGUUUGUGUAUUUACACACUUUUUCCAGGACUCUCAGCCUCUCUAACAAAGAGGCCUGUGUUAAAGGCCAAAUGAAACAUCGUAUGAAACCCUCAUUCAUUUUCCUGCACAGAAUUGACAUUAAGUCUGGAUGUGUGGGCGAGGCUGGGCGACGCCUCUGAAGUGUGUCCUGUUCGUCCACAGAGACACGUCAUUGAACUACAACACAGUCCAGGACAAUGUCCAGAGGUUUACUGGACGGAUCAGUUCCCGUCUGUGGACUGAGACUCCACACAGGCCUCUGAUGUCCCGAAUGCUGAGACUCAGAAAACUCAUGAUCUUGUGUUUGUGGAGGGAUUUUUCUGUUUCAUGUCAGAGCUGACAUUUUCCUGGAGCACCGCCUGGUGGACGAUAGAGGAACUGCAGCAGUGGAGGCUGGUCGUCUGAUCUCUUUGAAUAUCUGACAUUGUGUUAAAUCGUUAUGUUUCAGCAGCUCAUCAAGAACUGAGAGCUGAAGCUAACGGAGGAAAUACUGAGAAUAACCACCUGAACAGGUGAACAGGAACCACCACCCCGCUCCACAGAGACUUGUACAGAUUGAUCUAAUGAUUGUAUGACGUCACUCCUCAUUCUACUUUCAUAUGAAUAUUUAUUCUCUGGAUGAAACAAGUUGUGAA